UUUCUAGGCUAAGAGCGAUUAUCCCAACAGCUCAUUUCAGAGUCCAGCCCUAUCAAGGAUAUACUGCUACCUCCUAGGAUGCCACCUGUACAUGUGGUGACAGUGGAAUAAUAUCCAGGUACCUGUGUAGUGCUUGGGAGGGGCAACUGCUUCUAGGAGAGUUGCCCAUUCGUUUCCGCUCACCUCAGGUUUGAAUCCGACUCCAUCGAUAGCAUUAUGACGGACAGGACGUGAAUGAAAGCUUUUAAGUGCUUUUCACACAAGAGGGGAUUGGAAAUGGAGUCUUAGCUGGUUUCCUCCCGUAGGUAUCUGGAAGACACCGGUUAUAAACAUGAUAUUUCAAGCCUCCCCCCCGGCGUUCAUGUGUUAUUGAUGUGACCACGCCAGCGCGUAGCCCGUCCACACACGUUACCAAAACUCACUUUAAUUCCCAAUUAACACGUUAUAUAUAUUUCACUGUUUGCAUAUUACAUACGCCGGGGAUCGAGCUAUAACUAGCACUAUAUAAGAGGAAGUAAAAGUGUGCGUAUUAUGCGUUCUGGGCGAUAAAGUUGAGAGACACUGGUGGCAACUGUGAGGGAGUGUAGCUGGAAGGGGUCCAGUGGUUGUUGGUCUUCCUGUUGUUCUUCAAUUCAGCUUCUCCAUCCACCAAGACAAGACCCUCUGCUCCCUCUGCUCCUCUAGUUCACACUUCAGUACUUCAGCAACAAUGUCAGGAGAUGAUAUUGACUACGAUGAGCUGUCCUCCAACCUGGGCAACUAUGUGGUGAUAGACGUGAGGAACAAAGAGGAGUUGGAGAAGAUGGGAAAGAUCCCUGGCUCUGUCAAUAUCCCAAUUUCUGAACUGGACGAAGCCAUGGAUAUGAACGACGACGACUUCCAGGAGAAGUAUGGGUCCCCCAAGCCUACAAGUGACCAGACACUGGUGACACAAUGUCAGAUGGGCGGACGGGCCAGGAGGGCCGCAGACGCACUUGCUGGCAAAGGAUACCAGGCAAGGGCGUACCCUGGCUCCUUCAAGGAUUGGACAGCCAAGGGUGGUCAGGUGGACGCUCGGGGCGUCAGUUGUGUGGCGAGUGUGUGGGGCAGAGCAACACUCGUAUAUAGGUCUGUGAGGACGCAGGAGACAUUGCCAGGAAACUAUCAUCAUAGACCCUUCAACCUGAUCACUAUGACGGAGACUCAGCACGCAGAGAUAACCUAUGACGAGUUGUCUAGCAGCCUUGACAGAGUGACGGUCAUCGACGUCCGUAACCGCAAUGAACUACAAGAAGCCGGUCAGAUCCCCGGCUCCCACUGUAUCCCAGUGACGGAGAUCAAGUAUGCAUGUGGGCUGAACCAGGAGUCGUUUAAGGCGAGGUACGGCUUCGACAAGCCUAACACGGAGGAGCCGCUGGUGGUGUGCUGCAGGACCGGUGUUCGCUCCAAGACCGCCUGUGACAUCCUGCAGGCCAAGGGUUUCAAAAGACACAGGAUCUACCGAGGGUCGUUCAGCGAAUGGGAGGAGAAGGGAGGAGACACCAUCAAGCCGGGUCAGCCUCACGAGUACCACUUCUCAGAUAGUGACGAUGACAACUCCAACUCGUCCACUGACAACAUGUCCUCCUCCACUUGUGACAGUUCCUCCAAGAGCUCAUGAUGGUUUCCUUAACUUGUAGUUAGGAAUUACAAGUUAGCAUGUGUCUCGCAUUGUUUUUACGUCCAGAGAAAACUUACGUAGAAAGUACGCAUUAAGAUGCGAAAGUGAGGGGUAACUCUUAAAAAUAAAAAAUCAAUCAAAUCAGAGAAAACGUAUUUCUGGAACUAGAAACCAGAAUUAACAAGGGGUAACAUUUGAAAAAAAAAAUUAAUUUGGAGAAACCGUAUUCUUGAAUUAUGUUAAAGCUACGGAUAGCUUUAUAAAUAAAGUUAUCAAGAGAAAGUGUCUUCGAGCAUUGUUAAAUUGACAAGUAACUGAUGAAAAUAAAAUUAUUCACACUGUCACUAACAAAUAUUUUUACACUAACUGUGAUAAAUUUUCCCCCUUAGUUAUGUUUUUGGAGAAUACAUUUUGUUUUUAGAAUUAUAUUCCACUGGAAAACCAAAUACAGAAUAUCUGCUCAAUCUUCUUUUGACAGUCUUAACUAAUGUCUUAUAUAUAAUAAAUAAUUUCUUUACUAACGAUACGAUGUGAGGGAGUUACAAGUUAGGGCGAGGAGUACCACCUGUUUCCACAGAACAUCGCCUUAUACCAGAGUCUUAAGAAAGUAAGUUUAUUCAGGUAUACACAAAUACAGUUACAUAGAAUUAUCAUACAUAGCAGCAUAUGUGUAGAGAACCUGGGAUAACCCAAAAAAGUCAGACAGAGUGACUUAUUUCCAUUGGGGUCCUUUAAUUUCCAUUGGGUCCUUGCUGGGGUCUUGCUGAAUUCGACUCUCAAUACGGGCGCAGGCAGAGUUAAAUUACAUACCUGACUGUCUAGGCACUCUCUCUCUAGUGUGUUGUACUGACUCCGAGGCGCUCCAUGUAUCAUGUGGGAGUAUUUAUCAUGUGGGAGUUCGUACACGUGGAUAAGGUAAAGUAAUACUCACGUAGGCUGGAAGUACGUAUAAUUACGGAUAAUGUGGGGAGCGCCCUAACAGCCGUAACCUUGUCUCCUUGCUCACUCUCGUAACACUGACUGGCCGCCCACAGUACCCAUAUGUGAGGGGGUCUUUGAAUACUGCUGUGGUCAGCACAAUAUGAAUAGACAGUGACUCAGGCAGAGACGGUUGGUAGUGAGUCAACUACUGGUACACUGGUUACUGGUAACUGGUUACUACUACUGAGAGCUCGGCAACGCUAACGUAUGUCGUCCCGACAUACAACUAAUACAAACUAGAGAUGGCAGGUGUACGGCUUGGGCUGAUUCUAUACAAUGUCAAAGUACACAACAAUUAAACAUUAUAACAUACAUAAGUAGAACAUUGGAAUGGAAGCUUACGUAACUGAAACUGUAAUGCAAUACAAGGUAUAAUAUAGCACAACUCAUCGAAUGAAACUCAACGUUGGGAUUACACAGUGGAAGUGAUAAAAAAAUUUGAUCGAUCGAUCUGUAUUCAUGUGAUCUACGGAUUCUGAGGAAGGAAUAUAUACAAAGAAGUGUUUAACAGAAAGGCAGAUUCGGUGCACUCAAAUCUAGACUGUUAACUCUCAGAAUGCGGAGAGAACAUGAACACACAAAAAAAAAUUCUUGAAUACUGAUAAGUUGAUACUGUAAUUAUUCAUCUAUACAGAAUACAAGGUAUCGGUUCUUUCUUACUGGAGGAAUGAACAAACUCGGUGGAGUGGAUGACUCCCCCCGGUUGAAAAAAUUAAUGCUAUAACACGCAAUAUGAGCAAGGGAGAACGAAUCUACUAUCUCAAACUGCAAGCACAGGAGAAAAGAAAUGAACACUGUGAACAAUGCUGAUAUUCUGAGUCGCACACAGUGACACGAGGUAUCAACUAUAAAGAAACUACACUUACAAGCGUUAACAUGUGAAAGUUACUCGAGAAAUAACUUCUUACAAUGCACUGAUUACUGUCAACUAGGAUGGGAUCACAAUCUGAAACACAAGGGACAACAACAACACUCAAGUGAGCACACUAGCCACAGAAACGUCUUUCUGCAACGGCUUGUGGCAUCAGCAAGAGAUGGCAUAACUCGUUGCAAGUAAAGUUCUUCUCAAAGCGUCCCCUGGGAGGGAACGAAUACUUGAACAAGUCGCCAUCGCAAGGAUAGUAGUCGCACUAUCCUGCGUGCAUGAUAUUGUGGCUGGAGUCCAGACAGGAGUGACAGUAUACUAGUGCCUGACCGCUCGGCUACGUUAAUAAGUAAUUCACGGAUCUAUAGGAACUUAAUCUGAACUUCACAUUUCGCAGCACUUUAACAAAUCUCAGAUACAAGCUGUGAGAACAAACACAUUGCUCAAGGGCUAGGUAUUGUCUUUCAGUCAGUAAGGGAAUGUUGGUACUGUGGACUGAUUCAUAUUGACUUUGACUGGCAUGAUACACUAAGUGAACAUUCAAAAGUGACUGGGACAUGAUCUCAGGGAACUUACUCAAGGACAUAAGGCAAAAAAAAAAAUAGAAGAUGAGUGAUAACACUGAAAAAUAUUGCAAAAAUAAUGA